AUGAGCAUGCAGGAGGCAUUGCGAACACUCGGAUAUAAUACUUAUCACAUGGAGGCUUUGCUGCGAGACGGCUCCCAUGCGAAGAAGUGGAGAGAGCUUUAUGAAGGUAAGGUCUCAGUGAAGGAGGUCUUCGAAAAGAUUGCCAAGGAUGGCUACAACGCAACCAUGGACAAUCCCAUGUGCGAGUAUUUUGCAGAGCAGAUGAAGAUGUUUCCUGAUGCGCAAGUUAUCCUCACACUGCACCCUAAGGAAGCAGCUGGUUGGGAAAAGUCUUUCUCAACUCUGAUGGAAACCGUUCGUGUUCAGAGCAGUCCCUUCUCUCUCUUCUACCCGAACUUUCUCUCCUUCAUUCCUAGAGUUCAGGAUCUCAAUGCAGCUCGCUGCUUGAUGGGACAGAAAACCAUGUGGCUAGAGCCCUGCAAACUCAUUUACGAGUACGAUCAGCAUCGUGAGGGCUGGCUGGCCACCCAGUACGAGAAGCACAAUGCGAUGGUUCGGACCCUUGUGCCGGAAGAGAAGCUCCUCGAGUUCACAGUGACGGAGGGCUGGGUGAACGACUCCGCCUUUAUCGCACGGCUUGGCUUAAUGCUGAAGGUGGUGAUCUACUCGUGGAUCCCCGUCACCGUGCUACUGCUCAU